AUGCCGACCACAAUAAAAGAGUUUGAGAGCGUAUGGCCACGCAUUGUCGUGGACCUGCAGGAUCACUGCAAACAAUACAAGCUGCCCCAGCAGCCUCUUGAUUGGUUCACAAAGUCGCUCGACUACAACACAGUCGGCGGAAAAUGUAACCGGGGAAUGUCCGUCAUUGACACGACGUCCAUCCUCCAGGGCAAGACGCUCGAUCCCUCUUCUGAAGAGUACUUCCGCGCUGCUCUUCUAGGAUGGAUGAUUGAACUUCUUCAAGCCUUUUUCCUCGUCUCUGACGACAUCAUGGACUCUUCCAAGACGCGUCGUGGAGGCCCCUGCUGGUACCUUGUGCCCAAGGUUGGCAUGAUUGCCAUCAACGAUGCUUUUAUGCUCGAGUCUUCCAUUUAUGUACUGCUCAAGAAGCACUUCCGACAAGAGAAGAGCUACGUCGACAUUGUCGAGCUGUUCCACGAGGUCACCUUCCAGACCGAGUGUGGCCAGCUUUGUGAUCUCCUCACUGCUCCAGAGGAUGAUGUCAACCUCGACAACUUCAGCCUCGAAAAGUUCACCUUCAUUGUCAUUUACAAGACUGCUUACUACUCCUUCUACCUCCCCGUUGCCCUGGCUCUCUACUACUCUGGUGCUGCCACACCAAAGAACCUGAAAACCGCCGAGGACAUUCUUGUCCCUAUGGGCGAGUACUUCCAAGCUCAAGAUGACUACCUCGAUGCCUUCGCUGACCCUUCGGUUCUUGGCAAGAUUGGAACCGACAUCAUGGACAACAAGUGUUCAUGGCUCGUCAACCAGGCCUUGAAGAAGGCCAAUCCCGAGCAACGGAAGCUGCUCGAUGAGAACUAUGGCCAGAAGGAUUCUCAGAAGGAGGCCAAGGUCAAGGAGCUGUACCACGAGCUCAAGCUCAAGGAGUUUUAUGAGCAGUGGGAGGAGGAGCGUGUUGCCGAUCUGAGGGCCAAGAUUGCCGAGGUUGAUGAGAGCGAGGGCCUGAACAAAGACAUCUUUGAGCUUUUCCUCCAAAAGAUCUACAAGCGCAGCAAGUAA